CCACCGAACCCAGCCCCGCUGUGCCGGGGCCGGCCCCGGCCGGGCCAUGCGCUGAGGCCGCCCCGCAGCCAAGGGCGGAUCCCGGGCAGGACACGCAGCAGCAGCAUCCGCACGGCAAGAUGCCGGAGCAGAGCAACGAUUACCGGGUGGUUGUGUUCGGUGCCGGCGGCGUGGGCAAGAGCUCCCUGGUGCUGCGGUUUGUGAAGGGGACCUUCCGGGACACCUACAUCCCCACCAUCGAGGACACUUAUCGCCAGGUCAUCAGCUGCGACAAGAGUGUCUGCACCCUGCAGAUCACCGACACCACCGGCAGCCACCAGUUCCCAGCCAUGCAGCGUCUCUCCAUCUCCAAGGGCCAUGCCUUCAUCCUGGUCUUCUCCGUCACCAGCAAGCAGUCCCUGGAGGAGCUGAAGCCCAUCUACCAGCAGAUCGUGCAGAUCAAGGGCAGCGUGGAGAGCAUCCCCAUCAUGCUGGUGGGCAACAAGUGCGACGAGACCCAGCGGGAGGUGGAAAGCAGGGAGGGGGAGGCCAUGGCCAAGGAGUGGAAAUGCGCCUUCAUGGAGACCUCGGCCAAGAUGAACUACAAUGUCAAGGAGCUCUUCCAGGAGCUGCUGAACCUGGAGAAGAGGAGGAACGUGAGCCUCACCAUCGAUGGGAAGCGCUCCAGCAAGCAGAAGAGGACAGACAAAAUCAAGGGGAAGUGCAGCAUCAUGUAGAGCCCCACACUGGCCCGCACCCCCCCUCCGGUUCACCUCCCUCUCCCCCAUGGCUGGAUGUGGCAUCGCAGUGGGGCCAUCCCCUCGUCCUCUGUGCCAUCACUGUGACUGUGUGGGCACGCUGGCAGCGUGGGCUGCGCUCGCCUCAGGUCUUGGGGUGAAGAUGGGGCAUCCCAAUGAGCUGAGGGAUGCUCGACCGCCCCGCGCUGGGCACAACGGGACCAGGGACACGCAGACAGGCACCACUGGGGAGCAUAUGGAUGCACACACCCCCCCCUUCACGUUCUCUGCAGCACAACCGGCCUGGUCCCCCUCCUGUCCCCUCCCUGUGGGAGUCCCCACAUUGGGAAGGCCGGUACAGGAUGAGGGUGUCGGUGUCACCCCUGGGGACAGUCACUCGCGUCCCGGUUGCUCCACGCACCCCUGCCCGCA